CAAAACAUCAUCGCUGGACGUCACCGUGGAAACUCAACCGAGGGACAAACAAACGUAUGGACGAGAUGCCUGCAUAAUUGAUCGCAAGUGAGCCAUUGGAUGCUCACCUACACAAAAAGUAUUGCAGCAGAGACAGCAUGAGGGGGAAGAGUGGGACAAGAUGGUGGCCUCGGAUUCUAUCGUAUACAGGUUACUCUCCAGUAUCGGACCAACACAAAUUAAUAACAAAAGACGUAGAAAACAUUUUGCCGGAAGAACCAAAGAAAUCAAAAUUUGGUGAACGUCAUGUUUUGAUAACUCUGCUGUUCUUUGGAUUUGCGGUUGUGUAUGCCAUGAGAGUCAACUUGUCUGUAGCCAUAGUUGCCAUGGUCAAGAAUCGCCCUCACACCAAGAAAGUCUCGCAGGAGUACGACGACACCUGCCCUGUCCCGGCAACUCAGAAAUCAAAAGAUGCAGCUACGGACACAAACGGAGAAUUUGAUUGGGAUGAGCAGACUCAGGGAAUGGUGCUUGGCUGUUUCUUCUAUGGGUAUCUCCUGACGAAUUACAUAGGCGGCAGAUUAGCAGAGAGGUUCGGAGGGAGGUUGGUGUAUGGUCUUGGGGUGACCCUCACUGCUGCCUUCACCGUCAUCUCCCCUUAUGCCGCAAGACACUCCACCAGUGCUUUUGUCUUCAUUAGAAUACUUGAAGGAAUGACAGAGGGUGUGACGUUUCCGGCAAUGAAUGUCAUGAUGUCAUAUUGGAUUCCACCUCAAGAAAGGGCACGCUCACUUACGCAAAGUGUCGGGGGUUGCCAGUUCGGAACAGUGGUGACUCUCUCAAUUAGCGGCUGGCUCUCGCAGACGGAAUGGGGCUGGCCGUCUGUGUUUUACUUGUUUGGCGUACUUGGUCUGGUGUGGGGCUAUUUCUGGUUCAGAUAUGCCUACGACUCUCCGGAUCAGCACCCUCGUAUCACAGCAGCUGAGAAGUUGUUUAUCAAGCAGGGUAUUGGAGACCAUAGGAAGAGUGAGAGUCUUCCAGUCCCUUGGCACUCCAUCCUGACCUCAACCCCCUUCUUAGUGGUCAUGGUGACCCACGUAGGCAACAAUUGGGGCUUUUACUGCCUGCUCACGGAACUCCCAACCUAUCUGAAAAACAUGCAGCAUUAUGACAUGAAAGAGAAUGGUGUUGUGUCAGCUUUACCUUAUUUGCUGAUGUGGAUGUUUAGUUUAAGCUAUUCGAGAUACAUGGAUCACCUGCUGGAGAAACAGGUCUUAUCAACAAGACAAAUAAGAAGACUGUCAAUGAUCAUUGGGAACUACAUUCCAAUGAUUGCUGUUUUGCUUGUGCCUUGGGCUGGUUGUGACGGCAGACUAGCUGUUGCGCUGAUCUGCCUGGCUGUUGGAGCAACUGGUGCUACCUUUUGUGGCUUCCAUUGCGCAUUUCAGGAACUAGCACCAAACUUUGCUGGUACUUUAACUGGAAUAUCCAACACGCUGGCAACUAUCCCAGGAUUUUUAGCUCCUGAGGUUACAGGAGCUAUAAUCAAUAACCAGCAAACUUUAAGUAGAUGGAAAGAAGUGUUCCAGCUGGUGUCCAUUGUGUACUUCAUUGUGUGCACUCUCUAUCUCAUCUUCAUGUCACCUGAAGUUCAGCCAUGGAAUGAAGGGCAUACUGAGAAACGGAGAUCAGCAACCAAGGAGGCUGCAUGAGUAAGGGCAAGAAUGCAUCCUAGUUUACAACGGCAAAUUAAGGAAGAACACAGUAUUUGCUGUUUCAGUUGGCAAAUUUUUAUCACUUUCCUUGAGAUAUAUUGAGUAAGAAUAUUUGCAGGUCUAGGCGGCUUGAGAAGAUAUCGCUAUGCAGUAUUAUCAUUAUAUUUAAAUUUUAUUCAUUAUGUUUUUUUUUUUUUAUGAAUGAAAAGCCAUUUUAUGUAUGAUAAACAUGCGUCUUGAUUGGAAGAAAAAAAGAAGGGAAUAACAAAGAGUAUUUAUGUGUUGUCUAUCAUAUGCAAUUGCACAGCUAAUAUAAUAUACAGUGCUUUGUCCUCAUGGUAAUGCUGUGGUAAUGUUCUUGCGUGCAGGCCGUUCAUGGGUGGUCAGCUAUUUAUUUUUCCCAGUUUACUUAAAUUGUAUUGUGCUUUAUGUAUAUUUUGUAUGACUUGUUUCUUCACGAAGUUAAUUAUAGGUCCUUGUGCGCACAGACACCUUUCUUUUUUGUACAGAUUAAAGACAGUAUAAAUGAUUGUGAAAAACAUGAACACUAUACUUGACAUAAUUCUGUUUUUAAAGAGUCUUAUCUGAUAGUUUAAAUAACUGUAUGACAUCAGUAUGGGAGCAUUGUAAAUUUGCUUAAGAGUAUUUAUCAUUUAUUUAUCAUUUAUUUAUUUGUGAAGUGAAUUCCGUAGCAUAGACUUUACUGUAUGGGAGCAUGACUUUGCAGAAAAUUGAGGCAGAUGUAAGAUGGUAAUUAGGCAUAAUUAAAGCAUGAUAUUCACCUGGUGCAAUUUACGUUUCUGAAUUAGUUUGUUACUGUUCUUCAGUAACUAAUCAGAGGAAUCAGUAUAUUUUGAUAAACAUUGCAAUAGGAGAUGUACACGUUUCUUAUUUGAUAUAAGUUUGAUCGUGAAAUGCAUAUAUACAAAGGAAAGUUCAAGUAACCUUUUUAAAUGCUUUGAAUAUUUACUUAAUUUGCAAAGUCAAGAUUAUUGUAACUGAUUAUAGAUGCUGUAUAUUCAUGUCUUUUAUAUGGUUUUAAUUUUGCUUAUAAUAUUUUCGUUUCUUUUUAUGAAUUAAUGGGAAAACAUGGAUUUAAAAGUAUAUAUAUUUAUUUAUGUAUUUUCUUUUUUUGCGCAUUCUGAAAUUGUAGACUUUAGUCAUUUUAGAUGCCCGAUAACUUUCAUACAUUAUAACAAAUAACUUACCUAAAUGAUGAGUUCCUUUUCUUUGAACUUUGAACAAAAUGAUUGUUUUGAAUCAUCUUCAUUGUCUUCUGUGAAGUUUUCUGGAAGUAUGUGAGUGUAUGAGUAUGUGUGUGUAUGCUCUGUUAUGUUUCAUUUUAAGGUUUAUAUCCAUGAUUAGGUACAAUAUUUGCAUUCCAGUGUGCGCAUUGUCAACGAUGUGAUCAUUCCAUGGCUAAUGAUGUGUCAUUUUAUUAGCUAUACUUCUUGCUCAAUUAUUGUUUCUUAUGGAGGCAGUGUUUGUGUAACAGAUAAUGACUGCAUUAGUCCAAUUAAGUUUUCAUAUUGUAGGCAAGAAUCUAUCCAUAUCUAGGGAUUAAACUAUAUUGCAUACCAUUAUGUAAUUAAUUUAGCAUAAUUGUAUGGUAUAGUUUGCAGUUGCUCUGAAUUUAUGUUGCAGUUUUAUGGAAUAGCUAGCAUUUCAGUUUCAUUAGAUAUUCUACUUUGCUGAAUUGGUUGUUAUGCGAACCUGAAGUGAAGAGGACUAAAUUCACCCUUACAGCUCACUGUAUUUUUCUCAUGGUACUCCAUAUAAUGAUCAUUCCAGCAUAAUGAUUUUUUAACAGUGUUGUUUUGAGUAAUUGUAUACAUCUGUGAAAGACUGGAUCGUUACUCUUUGUAAUGACGUGUAGAGGUCUCGCCCUCAGAGUAUUGUUUUUGCAGCUUGUUUCAUUAUAUUGAGGUGUAUGGGUUGACCUCUGACCUCAUUGAGAAUAACCUGACUAGAGCAAAGUCCUCCAUACACACAGGACAAAUAAGAAUAAGAAAUUUCCAAGUCCCUGGUAAAUAAGUUUUCUUUUUUUCUGUAUCUAUCUGUGUGCGUGUGUGCUCAUAAAAGUGAAUGUCUGUUUUUAUGCGUGAAUGUGCAUCUGUGUUUACCUGUACACGUUUGUGUGGGUGCGUGUGGGCAUACGGGCAUGCAUGUUUCAGUGAGUUUGGUUCAGUUGGUUCCUUUUCAUAAUACGUGGACCAUAAUCUCAUUUACCCCCAAGUAAAUCCAACACUUAAAUUUAGCAGCACAAUGUUCAGCAUUGCAUUUACCAAUGUAUUUUUAUAUACUCCAAUAUAUAAAUCAGUAUAUAGACCAUUCAGUACUUAUUUUUUGUAUGUGUCAAGAGUAUGAAGUGCAGUAUUCCUCUUUUUGAUUAGUACUGUUCUUACUCACCGACGUGGGACUCCGUGAUUCCAUAGCAAUUCAGAAUAACACUUGUAAAAUGCCAAAAUGCGUAGUUUGAAACUAAUCUUUCCAUAGUCUUCAGGGUAAAGUAGAAGUACACCAAUUAUGGGCUUCCAGAUUUAUAGCAGCACAUCUCGUUCAGAUACGAUCCACAUAAAGACAUUACAUAGAGAAAUUCCUGAAUUAUGAUUCUUUCUUGCUUUCAGGCUUAGUCAUUUUUGUUUUAUAUUUUACUUCAAUAGCUUUCAUGUAAAUUAUAUAUUGCCUUUCCACUAAUUAUAUUUUAUUACAGCAAGCAGAUUAGUUUUAAAUUCAUGCUUCUCUUGUAUUAUCUGAAGUAACUGUAAAGAUUGUGGAAUUAUGCAGCACAAAAUGUACAGCAUUAGAGGAAACCGUUAUUCACAUCAGUCAAAUUAAAUGAAAAUCGUACUGUUUCCAUCCAUUCGCAGUUUGGUAUUUUGGGGUUUCUUUCUACAUGCUAUUUUUAAAGUUGUUUGUUGGAGGGAGAUGGAGAAGGUCUUCCAGAUAAAGACUCUGUCAUUUACAUAUUUGGAGGCUAUUUUCUCUUGGUCUAACCUAUGAUCACCAUUAUUGCAUUUUUUUUUUUUUUUUUUU